GAAUGGAUUAUUGAUAAUCACAGUAUAACAAAAUCGUUUUUAGACUUUAUGAAUAUGGCCAUCUCUUUGGCUAAUGAAGAACAGUCAUAUUAUAAACUUAAAGUGAAAUUAGAUGAUCCUGGUAAAAAAUUGUUAAGAAAAUGCCAGAAUGUGUGGAAACAUCUUUGUGAGAAUUGGAAGACUUCAUUUGAUGACAAUCGAACAGUAGAAGAUACUUGUGUUCAUGAAUUAUUGCAUCCACUUUUAAAGCCAUUCUUCACUAUUGAGCAAGGACAUGAUAUUAACUGGUAA